GUUUAAUAUGUUAGUUUCAUGCUGUAAUUUGUUAGUCCGCAAACAAUAAUGGAGUUAAAACGAGGGGUGACUGUGAUCUUAUGUUUGUUAUUUUCGAAAACAAUUUAUACAGAACCUGUAAAACCAGAGAAAGCUGAUGCACCUGUAAUUUUGACAAAUGUACAUAUGGGUAAAGAAAUCAAAACAGAGCUAAAUGGGUGUAACCUGAAAAUUGGCAUAACGGGUUUGAAAAGUUGUAAUGCUGGUAAACCAAAGGAUGAUUCGUUGGGUCAUGAAUCAAUGGGCGUACCCGGUGUACCUGUACAUGAAGGAAAACCAGGAGCAACAGGGCCACCUGGACCAAAAGGGCCUCCAGGCCCGCAAGGACCAAUAGGGCCUCUAGGCCCGCAAGGACCAAUAGGGCCUCCAGGCCCGCAAGGACCAAUAGGGCCUCCAGGCCCGCAAGGACCAAUAGGGCCUCCAGGCCCGCAAGGACCGUCAGGUCCUUUAGGGUCUCCUGGAGAAAAUGGAUUACCGGGAGAUAAGGGAGAUUUAGGACCGAUGGGAUAUACGGGAGCACCAGGUAUUAAAGGAGAGCCUGGAUUACUAGGUCUAACAGGACCUACAGGAUCACCAGGAGCAAGAGGGGUACCAGGGUUACCAGGAAUUCAAGGUUCAAAAGGUGAACCAGGGCUGCCUGGAAAAGAUUGUGUCGUUGAAGGAUUACCCGGUCCUGAAAGUGCCCCGACGUUUUUGGGAAGCUUUUCGAAACCAGCUAAAUCAUGUGCUGAAUUGACAGAAAAUGGUGUCGUUUACUUAAAUCCUUCCAAUCCAUUCGAAGUCAAUUGCAAAGUAAAAGAGAAAGAAACCUGUCUAAAAACACAAGAUAUGGAUUAUGAUUCGCUCGACGAAAUUGCUAUUACAUUUACUAACGAUUCAUUUUGGUUAAGUGAAAUGGGAUUUGAUUUGACGAAAUUUUACAACCUACAAGUAUCUCAGCUUGCGUAUCUUCUAGCGUCAUCUACCGGCGUCACUCAAACAAUAAGAUAUCAUUGUCGAAAUACUAAAUUAAAUAGCGACUUCAAUACAGCAUUGCAAGUGCUACUUUGGAACGAUAAAUUAGUAGGACCUUAUUCUACUAAAGAAACGCCGAUGUAUUAUGAUGUUCCCGCAGAUACUGAUACAUGCAUGUUGGAUGAUACAUGGCAGUCUGCGGACAUAAUACUGGAAUCGAAACUGAAUACACGACUUCCAGCGGUAGAUUUCUUCGUGCAAGAUAUUAGACCCUUGAAUCAGAAAGUUCAUCUGGAACUAAGACAAUUGUGCUUUAAAUAUAAUACACCAUCUCCUUAGUUAAAGUAAGAAACAAUAAAAUAUUGAGCUACUAAAUAUUCUAAGAAUUUUAAUAUUCUAAGUUGUCACGCGAUUAAUCCACGAAGCUGCGACACAAAAUAUUUUAAUUAUUGUGUAGUUAUAAUGCUAUAGUAAAAAUUAUGAUGGGCUGAAAUAAAGUUAUACGACAAUAUCA